AUGAGCACGUGUUGUUUGUUCGGGACCAGUGUGCUGCACGAGAACUGUGAGAUUCCCUUGUUGCUGAGCCUCCACAUGAUUGAGCGCAAGUUGCAGGCAGUUCUUGACUUUCCCAAGGGGUGUGCAUACUUCGGGGCUUUUGGCAUUGAGGUUCCCAUUGCUAAGAUCAACGGUCACUUGUGCAUCGGCAUUGCCAAUUUCCCCGGCGAUCGUUCACUUUGGGCCGUGCUGAGUAGAGUUUUGGAUCAAGGCGAGCCCGACCUCGACUUGGUGAGGCAGCCCCUCGAGACCACCUCGGCGCCGCAUGGAAACCAGCAGGUCUCCGCCCUCAUGGCUGAUAGCGUGGCGCCACGUGGUGUCCUACCUCCUGCAGGUCGAGGUCACCCUGGUGAAGUUCAUGUUGCAGACCGUGCGGUUAGGACUGAGGCCCCGCUCGUGGAUAGCCCAUUGCGACCCGAUCCACCAGGAUAUGUGCACUCGGAUCCUGGAGCAGAUGGUGGCACCGUGCUCCCAUCCGGCGACCUCAUUGGCAAGGAACGGGAAUCAGCACGGAAGUUUUUCCCGGUGCACCCUGUGCGGGACGCGAUGGCGAUGGGCCCUAGGGGCUUGGGAAGAGCUGCCAUCCUCGCGGCAGCUGCAGCUUCCGCAGCCCUCGGCAACUUCCUCGGCACGACCACUUUGGGCCCGACAGCUGGCCCCGGACUUCGAGACCCGCUCUUCAACACGGCGGGCGACUACGGCACGGACCCGCUACGUUCCUGGAGCCAAGGCCACGACCCGAGACAUGAGGAUCCCUCCGGCUGGCGUGGAGCACCUUCCGAAGAAGGCCCGCUUCGGCUGAGCGAGGAGGAGACGCGACUGAUGGAGCGGGACGCGGCCGAGAUCGAGAGGAUGCGGCGCGAGGUGGAGUUCUUCGACAGGCAGGCCACUCUCCUGGAGGAGAGAGCCCUGGCUUCAGCCCAGGCAAAGGCCGCAGCAGCAGCGCCGGCCACGGACACCGACGAGGAGGACUACGCCCAGAAGAUCUACGAGGCAGAGUUGGACACCUACGAGGCCCUCCCUGUGUAUAAGCAGGUUGCGAAUGACUACCGCAUCGACGUGAUGGACGUUGGUACGGGUAUGAGCCGCCUCGCCGACUUCUGCUCCCGUUUCGGUUUGAGUUUUUUACGACCUGCGAGCACGCAGGCAACCACGGGCGAGGACACCAACUUCGUGAUGAAGGUUAUCGAGAAGUUCCGGCCUUUGUGCGUGUUGUUGCGGCUCCCGACUUCUUCGGCGGCCACCGGUUCUUCUCAGGAGAGAUUUGUUUCAGAGUGCGCCCGGGCCUUUGCUGAACAAGGUGCUGCAGGACGUCUAUUCCUUUGUGAAGGCGCUCCUGAUGCUUCCUCUUGGCACCUCGACUCUGUGAAGCAGCUGGCCCAGACGCAGGAUAGCAAGCUUUUUCAGUGUGAUGCUGCCGCCCUCGGGGCGGAAACCGCCGACCGCAUGCCCGUUGCAACCCGGCACCAAUGGCUCACGAAUUCGAGCGUGCUGGCCGAGACCUUGAACCAACGUCUGGCCGAGCACCACUUGGACUACUGCGACCCCGGCGGCCCCGACGACAACCAUGACCUCCACGACCUCGUGCUGUUGGCUGUUGUGAAGGGCAUCGCUACCGAGGCGCGCCGGCGGUUCCCAAGCCGCUUCUCUGAAAAGAACCACCAGGUGCUCUUUGCCAGACCGAGCCCCGACGCAGAGGCUUGGAGGACUGUCCUCGACGACAUCGAGGCGAGGUUCUCCAAUACGCACAAGAAGCCCUUUUACUUGACGGCCGGCGACCCCGUGUACCAGGCCGUUGCUCAGCUUGUGCCCUGGGACUUGACCAAGGUGCAGGCAACGUGGACACCGCAGGCCCGCCGACUUCCUCAGGAGUUUCCUUACACCCACCGUGGGGCCGCACUGAGGUUGACCACCGGUGAGUUCGCUUUGGAGGCCGAGGACCUCGCUUCUGUGAGUUUUCCGAAACAGCGCUUCGUUCGGGCUAUUAGGGUGGCGGUUUUCUUUUACGGCAUGCCAAGAAAGCCACCUGAAGCUAACGAGCCAGCACCUUCCGAACCACCACCACCGCCUGGCGACAGAGAGGAAGGGGCCGUCGAACGUCCAGACAGGCACCACUUGCCGGGAAGGUUCAUGAGCCGGCAGCCUGUGCCCGGUCUGGACACAGAAGUCUGGUUUGAAGGCAAGGUGGACAAGAAGCUACAGGCUUCUUUAGCACGUUUGCACCUGAAUAUGGGGCAUCCACCAAAAGCAGAGCUAGUGCGCAUGUUAGCAGCAGCAGGCACGUUGUCGGGCAAGGUUUUGUCCGCUUUGGACAACCUUCGGUGUGGAAGUUGUUUGAGGACCCGACUUCCCAGACAGCCUCCUCCAGCAGGCUUGCCGAGCAACUUCAGCGGGUUCUUUGGGGAAGUCGUGCAAGCAGACUUGGUGUAUUUGCGCGUGAUCCAUGGCAGCAACUAUCCAGUCCUUGGAAUUACGUGUGAGGCCACUUCUUAUCAUGUGGCCAAGGUCCUCGACAACAAGACGCCAGCACAUGUGUUGGCAACGGUGCAAGAGAUGUGGUAUAGACCGCUGGGUCUUCCUUUGAAGUUUCGCUGCGACCCCGGCGGCGAGUUCGGAGGAGAAGUGGUCCAAUUCCACAUGCGCCACGGCAUCAUUCACGAUGUCAUCCCCGCCGAGGCCCAUCACCGGCUGGGAAAGAUUGAGCGACGUAAUGCACUCCUUCGCUCCAUCAUUGAGCGGCUGGUGGAUGAGAAGGGCGUCGCCACCAAGGAUGAGCUCGACCAGUGCAUCAUCGCCGCGACCUUCACGAUGAACUCUUGCACUUUCUCCCACGGCAGAUCGCCUUACCAAGCUGUUUUUGGGAGAGUUCCGCGGCCACUCGGGGAUCUGCUGAGUGAUCCUUUGAGCCUGGUGAUUUCGCCAGAGCAGCAGGUGCUUCGACCGGAGGUUUUGCGUGCAGAUGCGAUGAAAGCCCUGGCCGAACACAGUGCCAACAGCAGCGUCAAGAGAGCUCUUUUGAGAAAGACCCAUUAUCAGGUCGAUCUCCAGCAGCUCCAACCUGGGCAGGCCGUCGCCUUCUGGAGGUGGAGCGGUCGGUCCCGCCAGCACAAAAAGGGAGCUUGGUCCCUUGCUCGCUUCAUUAGCGUUGACCCCGACAACAAGUCUGUGUGGGUCCAGGUGAACACGACGACCGUCAAGGUUGCUGGCAACCAGAUUCGCUCUGCGUGUGGCUGGGAAGAGUGGACCCCUUCCCGCGAGGAUGUCGCCAUCUUGAAGGAUGCCGAGCGGAAUCUCCGCGAGGACCUGUGGCAGGACGGCCGAGAAGAGCCUCCGGGAGAAGCCGAAGCUUCUCAGCUAGAAGGUGCGCGAGAACAAGUUCCUUUACCUCCCCUCUUUGACAAGGACUACUGGCAGUACACCAACGAGUCGGCCAUUCGAGUUCACGUCGAGCCGCGCCACGACCUCUUCGUCCCAGACACGUCCGUGUGCGAGUUCGACCUCAACGACCUCGAGAGCCAGAGGGAGACGAGAAUGACUGGACAGCUUGAGCCGUUGCCGUUGGACGACUGGCGCGACCCUUCGUGUGGCCAGACCUGGGAGCAACCGUGGACCGGGACUACGACUUUCAAGUGGCGACGUUCCUCGCGAGACGCAACGCAGGACUCGGGACAACCACUUCCUCUACCACUUCGGCUUCCGACGUCUACGGCAAGGACGGCGACCCCGUCGAGGAGAAGUGUGCCAGUCCAACAGGGACAAGUUCAAACAAACGUCCAGCAGGGACAAGUUCAGACAAACGUCCAGCAGGAACAAGUUCAGACAAACGUCCAGCAGGGGGUCUUUAACCAGUACGUGGACAACCGCAGGGUGACCAUGGCUGCGCCUUCACCUGUACCACCAACGCCUAGGAACCGGCGAGGAAGGUCCCGUACACCGAGUCGUCGAGCUAGGUCUACGACAAGGUCACCAGUGGCGUCAGGUCCUCAACGUGAAGUACUACCACCAGCAGAGGCGACAGCUACGCUGCCCGAGGGGACCCCACAGCCUUUGACUCCCGGCGAGUUGCCGUUUAGCCCAGGAGUUCCCGAGACACCACCGUUCAGUGCAGUGGCGCCAGGUACCCCGGACUACAACGACCUGCCCGACGAUCACAGGAGCGAGCGACCGGAGCUACAACGAGACAGCGGAGUUCUCCAGGACAGCUCCCACGACAACACGCACCACGAGCGCAACGACAACGCGGCACAGGUAGAACCUGGUGCAAGCGAGACGGUUGGCGACUUUGAAGCCAACCCGUUUUCUUCGGCAGUCCCUGCCUCUACUUCUUCUUCUGCGUCACAAGGCAACAGCGCAGCAGCAAUAGGGAGUGAACCUCAAGCACCACCACCUCAAGAAGCUUUGCAACCAACGCCACUUCUGCCUCAGAAGCGGCCCGCAGACGCACUCUUCACCACCGGCGCCUACAAGUUCCUCUUCGACGACUUCGGCGAGGGCACCCUCUUGGACGAGCCUCUGGGCGGCGACUACCUCCCGGUGCCCUUCAGCCGGUCUGGCUUUUACGACGCGUACCUGACGAGCACCGUGCGCGACAAGGAGAUGAAGGACGCCAAAGUCGACCAGGAACCGCAGAGGCCUGACGAGAGCUCCGACGACGAGAGCCUGACCGUGUCCAGCGACCGCACCCACACACGUCAGGAGCUCAAGCAGUUGGAUCGUGAGAUCCCCUGGCGGGAGAUCAUGAAACAACCACGCCAGGCCAUCGAGAAGUACAUGGACGCGGUGCGAGCCGAGGAGGAAAACUGGAUGAGGUGGGGCGGCGUUCGACCUCUUCACCCUUCCGAGGCCAAGCGUGUGCUCCAGGACAGGUCCCUCACUCGGCGGAUCCUUCGCAGCCGAGCUGCGUACCGCGACAAGAACCGCGGGCUGGGUGAGAUCAAGGCAAAGUGCCGAGUUGUUUUGAUCGGCUGCCAGGAUCCCGACAUCUUUUCCAUCACAAGAGACAGCCCGACACCCUCCAGGUUGUCAGAAGCUUUGGUUUUACUUGUGGCCACGGCCGGCGCGAACGGUGAGUUCAACAACGAGAAGGCAAGAUGGUUCUUGUGGGUCUCUGACGCCAAAUCCGCUUUCCUUCAAGGAGAGAGGAACACAGAGGAGCGAGCAGGGCCUUUGUACAUGUACCCUCCUCGAGACGACCUCAUGAUUGAGACUGGCGCCUUCUCUGCCGAGCUCUACGAAGUCAUCGGCAACUGCUUCGGACUUCCAGACGCUCCCCGCGUCUGGUACCAGAAGGUGCACAAGCGCUUGCUCGAGAAGAAGUUCAAACAGCACUGCUUCGACAAGUGCCUCUACUACUACGUGGACGCUUCUGGGCGGUUGCGUGCACUGAUGAUCGUGCACGUCGACGACUUCUUGUGCACCUACCACCAGGACUUCGACGCCGACAUCCUCAAAGAUAUGUUCGUGUGGGGUUCUGUUACCAUCGUGGAGCCCGACUCCUCCGGCACCUACCGCGGCAAGGAGAUCCUGAAGGUGCGGCGCGGUGACAAGUUUGUCUUCAAGGUGACCCAGGAGGCCUUCAUCGAGGGCCUUACUUCCGGCUCUGUGCCCCGCGGCAGGUCCAAGACCGACGAAAAGCUGAACGCCUCUGAGUGGAAGGAGUUCAGGAGCCUGGCCGGCUCCAUUCAGUGGUUGGCUUCUCAGACUCGUCCAGAAGUGGCUGCUGUGGUGAGCCUCUCCAACAGGGGUGGCGAGACUUCUGUGACGGACCUUAAACGCUUGUACGAGACCGUCGACUACCUCAAGGAGACGAAGACCAGUGGCUUGACCUACCAGGCCAUCCCUGUGAACCCGGCGUCGAUGGUCGUGACCUACGCGGACUCUUCGUGGGCGAACGCUAACCUGAAGAGCCAGUACGGGCUUUUGGUUUUGCUGUGCCCACCACAAGCUUCCGAGCAGCCGGUUCGCGCCACUUUGUUGGACUGGAAAAGCUCAAGGAGCACAAGAGUGUGCCGCUCUACGUUGGCAGCUGAAGCUUCGGCGGCGGAUGAGGGCGCAGACCGAGCGGCUUUCGCCAACAUGUGCCUUUCUGAGCUGCUCUACGACGAGCCUGCCUUCAAAACUGGUUGCAAGCUGAACGGGCGUCACGUUACAGACGCCAAGAGCCUUUACGACUGCGUGGUGGCAGAAAACCCGAACGUGGCAGACAAGAGGAGCCUCGUCAACGUCCGCUCCAUCCAGCAGACUGUCUCCCCAAAGGAGAUGCACUGGGUACCAACACGCUUGAUGUGGGCGGACGGGUUAACCAAGUUGGACAGCAGUUUGCUUCUUCGCUUUGCCGAGUGGCUAGCCGACCCGUUUGUACAGCUACGGGCUGCAGAGAAGCCAGCAGCCCGAGAGAAGGAGCGCUGGCUCUGCAUUUCCGGCACCUCGACAUCACCGGCCUCUGGGCAGAUGCUCGGCAGCCAUAAGGUUAGCGAUCCGGAGGACCGCUGCCACUUGUUUCGUUGGCGGCAAGCGCCAGAUGGCAGGAGUUUCGAAGGAGUCCAGAUCGGCUUCGAGGCGACCAGUGAUGGAUGCAUCGAAGCCGGAGCCAUUCGAUGGCGAACGACCGGCCGGAUCUGGCAUGGUCAGCUGGAUCCUACAGGAUGGUGCAUCCGCGAUGGCUUCUAUACCUGCCCCGCCGGAAAGCGACUCGGCACCUUUGCGGCCAUCCGGCAACGCGAGGUCCAGCCGGACGAGCAGUUGCCACAGGUGUCUGGGGACAGGUCGAAGAUGGAGUUUCAAGACUGGGCUGAUGGCCUGUUCUUCUCCCUGGACCGCGAUGGCAAGGAGCAGCUCCUGGAUGCAGAUGGCUUGCAGGUCAUGAUGGAGUGGGAGAAGCCGUACAUGGAGAAAUGCGUGGACGAGUUGAAGGUCACCGCUGACACGGAUGUCCUCGAAGUGGGAUUCGGUUGCGGCUACAGCGCCAGCCGGAUCCAGGAGUUCAAGCCCCGUUCCCACACGAUCAUCGAAUGCUCGGAGGUGGUUCUGGAGAGGCUGAAGCAUUGGGCAGCCGACAAGCCGAACGUCCACAUCGUUGAGGGCACCUGGCAGCAACGACUUCCUGAGCUGGGCCGGUUCGAUCGCAUCUUCUUCGAUGAUUAUGGUCAGCCUGGCAUUUCUGACAAGGAAAUGUUCCAGAACUGCCCGAACGAGCAGUACAAGGACAUCUACGACGAGUCGCAAAGCCAUUUUCACGCGUUUCUCAACCUCGCUUUCCAGUUUCACUCGCGAAACGGUACGCGAGUUUCUGGCUACUUGGUGAGCCCUAUCGAUUUCCAGAGGGAUGACGUGGAUGUCAAGUUCGAGAAGUAUGCUGUGGCGCCUCCAGAUCACUGCGACUACUUCUUCAGCGACAAGGCAGUGGUGCCUGUCUUUUGCAAGAUGUCCGCGCCCAGCGACGGUGGCUCGACGCGCAGCCCGAGCCCAGCAGGAGCUUUUGACAUGGAGCCUUCGGAGCGAAAGAUGCCCGGCUUGCUGCACACAGAGCCUUUUGAAGUGUGCGCUGAGUGA